AUGGCCGCACCCGCACCCGCACCCGCACCUACACAAUACGACAGUAUCGCGAGGAUCUACACGGAUGCGACCGAGUCGAGCCUGCAUAACACCUACAUCGAGCGCCCUGCUAUGCGUCAGCUCAUCGGCAACGUGACCGGACUCGACGUGCUCGAUCUAGGCUGCGGUACGAUGAUACUCGGUUCGAAAUUGCUCGAAGAGGGCGCAGCCUCGGUCACCGGUGUAGACGGAAGCUCAGAAAUGCUACAUCUUGCCUCCCAGCGCAUCAAGGCAGAGUGGAAGCCGCGUGUCUCACUGGCUGAACACGACCUUAACAGACCGCUUCAUCUACCGGACGCAAAGAUGUACGACCUCAUUGUCUCGUCCCUUGCGCUGCACUAUCUCGAAGAUUGGAAGCCUGUGCUUGGUUCCGCACAUAUUCUUUUAAAACCAAGAGGAAGGUUCAUCCUCUCCGUUCACCAUCCUUUUGCCGACUGGGUCCACCAUCCCGAAUCUGGCUCCUACCACAGUGGUCCUACCCUCUUACACGAGGACUGGGAUGUCGGAGAGCAGGGAACGAUUCGGAUCAGCUUUUACAGGAGAUCGCUUGCCGAGAUAUGCAGGGCGUUUACGGAUGCUGGAUGGAUUAUCCAGCGCAUUGAAGAAUCUAAACCGACGGAAGAGUCGAAAGCGCUGUUUGAGGCAGAGAGAUGGGAACGAGUUGCCGAAAAGCCGAAUUUCAUUCUCUUUGUUCUAGUCAAGAAAGAGCAGUAUCAGUGAAGAGUACAGCGCCUUUCCUUCAAACUAGAAAGAUAUCUAGAUUAUUGUGACAUGUACCGAUUGACGUGUAACAUU